AUGUCCCAACGACUACCCUACACAUCGCCGUGGCGGCGGCCCGUCUUGCUGCUCGCCGCCUUCAUCCUCCUCUCAUGGUCGCUGCCCAUACACGCGGAAAGAGAAGCGGACGUCGAGGAAUCCAUCAAGAGGAUACGCCAUGGGCCGGUCCUCCCCCCCGAUCCCACGGGGUACAAAAGAGCCCAUCAAGACGGUACCUACGACCCUCACAAAAGGCGGGACGAGCUCGACGGUAACCAUGAUACAAGUGCGGCAGGCGACGCAGACAAUCACCAACCACAUGGCGUCGACCCCCAGGGACAUGGCCACCCGGAUGCUCGCCGUCUCGACCGACGAGAUGCACCUGCUCCUGCGCCACCGGCCUACACCCCCAUCGUGACGCCGGCCCCGGACCAAGACGCCGUUUUGGCCAGCCAGGGCUACCGCCAAGUCACGUAUUAUACCUGCAACACCAUUGCCGGCAACGAGCAUUGCGGCUGGCAUGUGCCCGUUGUCAAGGCCCAGGGCGUGAGGAGGGAUUCCGCUACCGUGUGGGUGGUUGUCGGGUGUUUGGCCGGCGUGUUUGCCCUGGGGUUGAUGUGA